UAGUCAAAGGCAAGUUAGCGCUGAAAAGAGCAUUUGCUCGUUUCCGUAUCAUAGACAUUAACACCAGGGUCGGAUUUAGCUGUAGCCUAUGUUGAGGUGAAGUUGAAGUGAACAGCCAAAGUCAGGAGCCGACCUUUUCGACUGGAGAUGGAAAAAGUGUUGUCUUGAGCGGGAGAGAAGAAGAGAAGAGAAUUGAAGAGAGAGAGAAAGGGAGAAAAAAAUAAACUAACCUACCUAUAGCCCUAGUGACGCAUCACAGCAGGACAUUUGACAGAAUCUAAAAUCAUUCAACCCAAGACGGAUACGGACGAGGCAGUGUGGAGCAGGCAAUGUUGUGGAGUGUGGGUUUCAGUGGCAGGAUGACGGUGGCCAAGCUUCUCCUAUCCUUCUUCAUCCUAAACUCCUUUUGCGAAGCCUCCAACCAGCCUCCACGCUUCCAGAACUACUUUUUCCACUCCUAUCUUCUCAUCUACGAGAACACACCAGUCGGCACAUCAGUAACCCAGCUGCAGGCGGAGGACCCAGACCAGGAGCCCCUCAUUUUCGGGGUAGUGGGAGAGGAGGCCAUGAGGUACUUUGCAGUGGAGAGAGACACUGGAGUAGUGUGGCUACGACAGCACCUGGACCGCGAGACCAAGUCGGAGAUGCAGGUGGAGUUCUCUGUGAGUGACAGCCAAGGGGUGGUCAAAGACACAGUGAAUAUUCAGAUAGGAGAUGUGAAUGACAACUCCCCUACUUUCCAUGGCCAGCCAUACACAGUACACAUUGCAGAGAACACUCCAGUGGGCACCUCAGUCUACCAGGUGAAUGCCACAGACCCAGACCAAGGCACGGGGGGCAGUGUGCUCUUCUCUUUCCAGCCCCCCUCUUCCUUUUUCUCCAUCGAUGGAGCCCGUGGUACAGUCACUGUCACCAGGGCUCUGGAUUAUGAGACCACAUCGGCCUACCAGCUCACUGUCAAUGCCACGGACCAGGAUAAGAAGCGCCCUCUGUCCAGUCUAUCUAAUUUAGCCAUCACCAUCACUGAUGUUCAGGACAUGGACCCCAUCUUUACCAACCUACCCUACAGCACCAACAUAGGGGAGGACGUCCCACCGGGCUAUGAAGUGCGCAAGAUAAGAGCCAUUGACCAGGAUCUGGGGAGACCGAGAGGCAUCGGCUACACCAUCAUCUCAGGCAACACCAACAGCAUAUUUGCUCUGGCCUACAUCAGUGGCUCUUUGACUGUGAAUGGACAGCUGGACAGAGAGAACCCCCUCUACUCAUCCGGAUUCACUCUAACCGUCAAGGGCACAGAGUUGAAUGAUGACCGUACCCCGACUGAUGCCUCGGUGAUGACCACCUUCACCAUACUGCUGAUUGACAAGAACGACAACGCGCCCAAGUUCAACAGCUCCGAGUACCGAGUGCGUAUCACUGAGCUGGCCCAGGUGGGUUUUGCCCUACCCCUCUUCAUCCAGGCUGAGGACAAGGAUGAGGGAGUGAACAGUAUGUUUCAGGUGUUCCUAACAGGGAACAACUCGGAUCACUUCACCAUUUCACCCACAGCGGUGCAGGGCCGUGCUGAUAUCAGGAUGAGGGUGGAUGUGCCUCUGGACUACGAGAACAUCCAAAGAUACAGCUUCUCUCUAUAUGCCAAUGAGUCCAUGUCAGAACAUGUGGGUUUUGCCCAUAUCUACAUUGACCUGAUCAAUGAGAAUGACAACCGGCCCAUCUUCCUUAAAUCCCUGUAUAACAUCAGUCUGCCUGAGAACACACCCAGAGGAACCUCCCUCCUACGCAUCCAGGCUAUAGACGGUGACUUUGGCACGUUUGGGACAGUGCGGUAUUACUUCAGUGAUGAGCCUGACCAGUUUUCAUUGGACUCUGAGACAGGCUGGGUGCAUCUGUGGGGCAAUCUGGACUAUGAGCUGAUGCGUCGAUUCACUCUGACCGUGCUGGCCCGGGACGGGGGUGGAGAGGAGACCACAGGCAGGCUGUGGGUCAACGUUCUGGAUGUCAAUGACAACACACCCCUUUUCCAGAAGGAGGCCUACAUGGGCUCACUGAGAGAGAACGAACAGGCCGCGCAACAGGUGGCCCGAGUCAGGGCAACAGAUGAGGACUCUCCCCCUAACAACUUCCUGACCUACACCCUCACAUCAGUGUCUGCGUUCCGUGGUUACUUCAGAAUCACCAUGGUGGAGGGCUACGCAGUGAUCAGUGUGAACAGCCCUCUGGACUAUGAGAUGGUCCCUGAAGGAAUGAUCUACCUGACUGUGAUGGCUAAAGACGGCGGGAACCCAUCCCUUAACAGCAGUGUCUCUGUCACCGUCGAGCUGUUUGAUGAGAAUGACAACCCGCCAAAGUUCAGCAAGCCGUCCUACCUCGUCAAGAUCCCUGAGAACAUAAUUGCAGGGGCGACGGUUGUGUUUGUGAAUGCCACUGAUCUGGACGCCUCCCGGGAGUUUGGACAGGCCUCACUCAUCUACUCCCUACAGGGCUCCUCCCAGUUCCGCCUCAACACACGAUCAGGAGAGAUAACCACUACAGCCUUACUGGACAGAGAGCUGAAGUCAGAGUACAUCCUGAUUGUUAGAGCUGUGGAUGGAGGGGUGGGGCCACUGCAAAAGACUGGCAUUGCCACGGUGAACAUCACCAUCCUGGACAUAAAUGACAAUUCCCCCAUGUGGCGAGACGAGCCCUACCACGCCAACGUGGUGGAGAUGAGCCCCAUCGACACUGACGUCAUCUCUGUGCUAGCGAUAGACCCAGAUGUUGGGGACAAUGGGACAGUGGUGUACAGCAUCAGCCCAGAGAACCCCUUCUACACCAUCAACAGCAGCACAGGCAAGAUCAGGACCAGCGGGGCCGUGCUGGACAGAGAGAGGUCCAACCCAAAAGACAUCCUGCUCAUGAGGACCAUCAUCGUGUCUGCUGUCGAUCUUGGCAGACCUCCACUGCGUUCCUCAGUCAGCACCACGGUGUACGUCAACUUGCUGGACCUUAAUGACAAUGACCCCAUCUUCCUUAACCUGCCCUUUUUGGCCGAGGUGCCAGAGGGCCUGCCUAGUGGAUCCUCUGUGUUCAAGAUCCAGGUGGAGGACCCUGAUCAGGAGGAGAAUGGUAUGGUUACCAUGGGGCUACUGGUGGGCAUGCCACGCGUUGAUUUUUAUCUCAACACCACCACGGGUGUGCUGUACUCAACGGCAACUCUGGACCGCGAGCAGAUUAGCCUGUACCAACUGAGGAUCGUGGCGUACGACCAAGGGCAGAACCCACGCACCUCCACCAGCACCCUUACCAUCACAGUCCUAGAUACCAACGACGAGACCCCCACCUUCUUCCCCAAGGUGUACAACGUGUCCCUGCAGGAGAGCGUCCCCAGGGACCAUGUGGUGGCUCGCCUCAACUGCUCCGACAAUGAUGCUGGCCUUAACGCCGAGCUCAGCUACUUCAUCACAGGUGGUAACCAGGAUGGUAAAUUCAGUGUUGGCUUCAGAGAUGGUGUGGUUCGGACUGUGGUUGGCUUGGACAGAGAGACACAGGCUACAUACUCACUUGUCAUAGAGGCUAUCGACAAUGGUCCAGCAGGCAGCAGGAGGACAGGCACAGCCACAGUGUUUGUAGAAGUACUGGACGUGAACGACAACAGACCCAUCUUCCUCCAGAACAGCUACGAGACCAGCAUACUGGAGAAUGUCCCCAUAGGAUCCAGCAUCCUGCAGGUGCAGGCCACAGAUUCAGACCAGGGGGAGAACGGCAGGGUUCUGUACAGGAUCCUCUCUGGCAACAGUAAGGGUCUGUUCAGAAUUAAUGAGCUGUCGGGGCUUGUGAUGCGGGGCCAGAGAGCUCUGGACAGAGAGAGCAGCAGCUCCCAUGUGCUGGAGGUGGAGGCCUACAACAGUGACCAGGGCAGGAUGAGGAGCUCCGUACGGGUGAUAGUGUAUGUGGAGGAUGCCAAUGACGAGGCACCAGUGUUCACCCAGCAGCAGUACAACCGCCUGGGUCUGAGGGAGACCGCUGGCAUUGGCACCUCUGUCAUCGUAGUACGAGCUACAGACCCCGACACUGGUGACGGCGGGGCAGUGGCCUACGCCCUGGACUCCGGCUCCGAUCGUAAGUUUGAUGUGGAUGUGAGCACGGGCCUGGUGACCACUGUAGACUACCUAGACUACGAGACCAAGACCAGCUACCUGAUGAAUGUGUCGGCUACCGACCAGGCGCCACCAUUCCACCGUGGCUUCUGCAUGGUCUAUGUGACCUUACUUAAUGAGCUGGACGAGGCAGUGGCGUUCUUCUCUGCGGGCUACGAGGUGUCACUCCUGGAGAACAUUGCCACAGGAACGGAGGUGGUGCAGGUGCAGGCACAGUCGGCGGACAACCUCAACCAGCUGUCGUAUCGCUUUGACCCGGACACAUCACCAGCCGCCCUUGCCCUCUUCAAGAUCGACAGUAUCACGGGCCGUAUCACAGUCACAGGGCUGCUGGACAGGGAGAAGGGGGACCUCUACACCCUGACUGUAGUGGCUGACGAUGGGGGACCCAAAAAAGACUCCACUGUGAAGGUGUCAAUCACCAUACAGGAUGAGAAUGACAACAGUCCAGAGUUUGAUAUCACAUCUGAUUCAUUGGUGGAGAUUCCAGAGAACACACCCAUCGGGAAGAGAGUGGCUGUGGUGCUUGGGCGCGACAAAGAUGCUGGGAAAAAUGGACUGGUGUACUUCAGGCUGGUGGCAGGGAACAUGCAGGAUGUGUUUGAGAUCCGGACAGUGAACCACACCUAUGGAGAGAUCUACGUCAACUCCCCUCUGGACCGAGAGUCUGUUGACCGCUACCUGCUCAAGGUGCGUGCUAUGGACAGCGGUGUGCCUCCCCGCUACAGAGACCUCACUCUAAUCAUCAACAUCCUGGACGUCAAUGAUAACACACCCGUCAUUGAGAGACAGGUGGGCUACAAUGUCAGUAUCAGCGAGAAUGUGGGAGGAGGUACGUCCGUCCUGCGCGUGGUGGCCACAGACCGUGACAUCGGGCCCAACGCCAUGCUCUUCUACUACAUCACCUCGGGUAACAAGGAUCUCACCUUCCGGAUGGACCGCAUGACCGGUGAGAUGGUGACACGACCAUCCCCACCUGACCGCGAGCGCCAGCAGGAGUACCGGCUGAUCAUGAUGGUGGAGGACGACGGCACGCCGUCACUAUCGUCAUCGACUACCAUCUACGUUCGUAUAGUGGAUGAGAACGACAACGCGCCAGAGUUUCCAGAGGAAGAGUAUGUGACGGUGCUGAGUGAGGGCCCCAACACCGUGGGUGCCAUUAUUGCCACGGUAACUGCCAUCGACCCAGACGAGGGCCUCAAUGGCACCCUGCGAUAUGCCAUCGACCACGGAAACCUGGACAUCACCUUUCACAUCAAUCACACUACCGGACGGAUUGUUGCAGUGAAGGAGCUGGACUUUGAGAUCAGCAAUGGACACUACGCACUUAUCGUCACAGCAACGGACCAGUGUCCUAUCCAUGCCCUCCGCCUGACUUCCAGCACCACGGUGUUGGUGAAUGUCCUGGAUGUGAACGAUGUGACCCCCACCUUCACCAAGCCCUAUGAGGGGCCCUUUGAGAUAACAGAGGGCCAGCCGGGGCCUCGGGUCUGGACCCUCAAGGCCAUCGACCAGGACUCUGGGCUCAACGGCAAAGUGGAGUACAGCAUCACUGCCGGAGACCCCCAGAAUGAGUUUGUGGUAUCUCCAGUGGAGGGAGAGCUGCGUGUGAGGAGAGAUGUGGAGCUGGACAGAGAGACCACACCCUUCUACAACAUCACUGUCAUGGCCAAAGACCUGGGCAACCCACCACGCAUCAGCAUGGUAUGUUCAUACACAUACACUUAUAUGAACACAACACAUGUGUGCAUCCACACACUAAGACCAAGUGUGACACUAUCCUGUGUCCUCUCCAUCUCCCAGGUGGUGGUGGGUGUCCAUGUGCUGGACAUCAAUGACAACGACCCCAUGCUGUUGAACCUGCCCCACAACACCAGUGUGAGAGAGGGGGCGUCCAUCCACACUUUGGUGACUACGGUCCAAGCACGGGACAUGGACAGUGGACGCAAUGCCCUGCUCACCUACAACAUCACUGCCGGAAACCACGAUGGAGCUUUCUACAUCAAUGACACUACAGGGAUGGUGCAGGUGAACAGGCCUCUGGACAGAGAAAGGGUGGGGGAGUACAGACUGACCAUCACUGUUAAAGACAACCCUGAGAAUCCCCGCAUCGCUCGCCGGGACUCAGACAUGCUGGUGAUCACAGUUCUGGAUGAUAAUGACAACAGGCCCAUAUUCACACAGACCAGCUACCGGGCUGAGAUCACUGAGAACUCCCCCUCAGGUACCAAUGUCACUGGCAGUGCUGUGUCAGUGUUGAAUGGACCAGUGUUGGCUGAGGACAAAGACAUUGGGCCCAACGCUGUGGUCAGGUACCGUCUGCUGGGAACAAGACUGGACCUCUUCACUGUGGACUCUGAUACAGGUGUAGUUCGUGUGCGACAGAAGGCUCUGUUGGACCGCGAGGCAUUUGUGGAGCCGCGCGUGGAGCUGCUCCUGGUGGGGGAGGAUGUGGGAGGACUCAACAGCAGCGUGCCCCUCACUGUGACAAUCAUGGACCAGAACGACAACCCUCCUGUCUUUAACCCCCCCAGCCUCACUGUGCACCUCCCUGAGAACAGCCCCACUGGUGUGGUGGUGACCCAGCUGUCUGCCAGUGACGCUGAUUCAGGCUCUAAUGCCUGGCUGCUUUACCGGCUGGAGAGUGGUGCCCAGGACCGCUUCGUAGUUGACUCCCUCUCUGGUGCCGUCCUGGUGGGAAACUCCACCCUUGACCGCGAGGAGCGUGGCUCCUACCGCCUGGUUGUCGUGGCUACUGACCGUGGCACACCCUCAUUGUCGGGCACGGCGACCCUGUCGGUCAUCCUGGAUGAUGUCAACGACUCACGACCACGUUUCCUGGAACCCGUGACAACUAUUAACAUAAACGAGUCUACACCACCGGGCGUGGUGGUGGCAACGCUCGCCGCGAAGGACCCUGACCUACAACCCCGGCUGGAAUAUUACAUCAUCUCUGUGGAGGCGAAGGAUGAUGGAAAUAACCCUGUUGUUGGGCUGCAAGAGUCAUUCGGCAUCGAUUUCCACACGGGUGCUGUGUUUGUGCGUAACCCACUCAACAGAGAGCUGGUGGCCACCUUUGAGAUUCUUGUGUCGGUGCAUGACAACGCCAGUGAUGUCAUUGACAUGUCAGUCAGCGUACCUAAUGCGAGACUGAUAGUGAACGUGCUGGAUGUGAAUGACAACGCCCCGCGGUUCAGACCCUUUGGAGUGGCCAACUUCUCAGAGAAGAUUCUGGAAGGCGCUCAGCCAGGCACCACUCUGCUGUCAGUGUCAGCUGUGGACCCAGACAAAGGCCCUAACGGACAGGUCAUCUACCAGCUGCUACACCUGCCCAGAGGGGACUACCUCAGACUGGAGGACCCAUCAACUGGUAAGAUCGUAGCCUACCGGACGGUGGACUUUGAGCAGGUGCAGUGGCUGAACUUCACAGUGAGAGCCCAGGACCACGGCAGUCCACCCAAAGUGGCUGAGCUUCCUGUCUACCUGCGUAUAGUAGAUGUCAAUGAUAACAACCCUAUCUUUACACAACCCUCUUACCAGAAGCCAGUGUUUGAGGAUGUUGACUUGGGUACGGUCAUAGUGAGAGUCAGAGCCACAGAUGCAGACUCUGGCCUCUUCUCUGUCAUCGAGUACAGCCUAGUAGAUGGAGAGGGCAAGUUUGGCAUCACUCCCUCCACUGGUGACAUCUACAUUCUGUCUCCACUGGACAGAGAGACUAAAGACCACUUCACCCUGACAGCCAUCGCUAGGGACAACCCUGGCGGCAGCUCCAACAACCGACGAGAGAACUCUGUUCAGGUCUUGGUGACCGUUCUGGAUGUGAAUGACUUCCGACCGCGUUUCUCAGAGCGGGCCUUUGAGACCAGUGUAUUUGAGAACGAGCCCAGUGGGACGUCUGUGAUCACGCUGACUGCCACUGACUUGGACGAGGGGCAGAACGGCCUGCUCUCUUACAGCAUGCAGGGCCCGGGGGCAGAUGCCUUCUCUCUGGAUGCUGACACAGGUCUGGUGCGUUCUCUCCGUCUGCUGCAGUCCUUUGAGCACUUUAACUUGACGGUGGUGGCUACAGACCAGGGAAGACCACCCCUCUGGGGCACCGCCACCUUACACAUCAUCAUCAUAGACGUCAACGACAACAGGCCCAUGUUCGUCAGGCCCACCAACGGCACCAUCAUGCACAUCAUGGAGGAGCAGCCCCCAGGCCUGCUGGUGUAUGAGGUGUUUGCAACAGAUGGGGAUGAAGGGGUGAAUGGAGAGGUGCGCUAUGCCUUCCUCCAGACAGGAGCUGGGAACAGAGACUGGGAUAACUUCCACAUUGAUGCUAUUACAGGAGUCAUCACCACCGCCAUCAAACUGGACCGAGAGAAGCAAGCCCUGCACAGUCUGAUUGUUGUGGCCUAUGACCUGGGUCAGCCCGUGCCUUAUGAGACCACCCAGUCCUUACAGGUUGCGCUGUUGGACAUUGAUGACAACGAGCCUGUCUUCUUUAAGCCCCCGCGAGGCAGCCUGCCGUACCAGACUCUGUCUGUGGCAGAGCACUCUACUCCAGGGACAGUAGUGGGUAACGUGACAGGAGCUGUGGACGCAGAUGAAGGCUCAAACGCUGUAGUCUACUUCUUCAUAGCAGGGGGAGAUAAUGAAGGUAACUUUGGCCUGAGCCCAGGGGGCGUACUGAAGGUGAAGAAGGAUCUGGAUCGUGAGGACAUCUCAGUGUACUCCAUCAUCAUCAAGGCCUCCAGCCACAGGAACUGGGCCCCCGCUAGGGGUCAAAGGUCAGCCUGGGGAAGAGCACUUGACCCCAGCCGUGACCCAACCCUGCAGGAGGUCAGAAUCUACCUGGAGGACAUCAACGACCAACCACCACGCUUCACCAAGCUAGAGUACACUACAGGUGUGGCUGCUGAUGCCAAGGUAGGCUCAGAUCUGAUUCGGGUACAGGCCAUAGACAACGAUGUAGGGAACAACAGUCUGGUGCUGUACCAUGUCCUGUCCAUCCGCUACAUUAAACUCCAGUCCAAUGACACUGAGGACAUAGGAAACAGCUUCAUCAUAGGAGAGACAGAUGGGAUCAUCCGUACCUAUGACCUGUUCACGGCUUACGACCCGGGCUACUUCGUGGUGGAGGUGUUGGCACGGGACCUGGCGGGCCACAGUGAUAUCGCCAUGGUGGGCAUCUACAUCCUGCGGGACGACCAGCGGGUGAAGAUCGUCAUCAACGAGAUACCAGAGCGGGUACGACAGUUCCAGGAGGAGUUUAUCAACCUGCUGUCCAACAUCACCGGAGCCAUAGUCAACACGGAUGAUGUGCAGUUCCACGUGGACAAGAAGGGCAGAGUGAACUUUGCCCAGACAGAUGUGCUCAUACACGUGGUCAACAAGCACACCAACCGCAUCCUGGAUGUGGAAAAGGUGAUUCAGAUGAUUGAUGAGAACAAGGAACAGCUGAAGAACCUUUUCAGGAAUUACAACAUCCUGGAUGUCCAGCCUGCCGUCAGCGGGAGAGCACCUGAUGACCUCACUACGCUACAGAUGGCCAUCAUUAUCUUAGCUGUGUUGCUCUUCUUGGCAGCCAUGUCAUUCAUCUUCAUGAACUGGUACUAUCGCACAGUACACAAGAGGAAGCUGAAAGCAAUUGUAGCAGGAUCCACAGGGAAGCAAGGUCUCAUGGACAUCCUGGAUUUACCCAACACCAAUAAAUACUCAUUUGAGGGGGCCAACCCUGUGUGGCUAGACCCAUUCUGUCGGAACCUGGAGCUAGCUGCCCAGGCAGAGCAUGAAGACGACCUGCCGGAAAACCUCAGUGAGAUCACUGACCUGUGGAACAGCCCCGUGCCUACUCACGGAACAUUUGGCCGCAAGCCUCAAGCCAAGCCUGAGGAUGACCGUUACCUGAGAGCAGCCAUCCAGGAGUAUGACAACAUCGCCAAGCUGGGCCAGAUCAUGAGGGAGGGGCCCGUUAAGGGCACAUUGCUCAAUGUGGUUCUGGACGACUACCUGAGGCUCAAAAAGCUCUUUGCAGCCAGACUGGUCACCAAGUCGACCAGCCAAGGCGACCAAUCGUCAGUCACAGAGCUGAUCCAGAGUGACCUGGAUGAUGACGAGGAUGAGCGAGUGGGCAUGGGUGGCAGCUGGGGCACGCUGCGCUUCAAACACAAGCUCCCCGUAGAGAUGAGAGGACCCGAAGGCGUGCACGUUGUUCACGGCAGCAUGGGCACGCUCCUGACCUCUGACCUCAACAGUCUGCCUGAGGACAACCAGCUGGCCCUGGCGCGCUCCAUGGAGGCGCUUAACGCCACCGACAGGGGGCUGUACACCGAGCGCAAUGCCCGUACUGAGUCGGCCAAGUCCACGCUGCUGCACCAUAACAACAAGGUUGAUGACACACUGUCCGAGAGCCCGCUGGAGAUCACAGAGUUAUGACUAGCCUCGCUGGUCUGAGAAGAUCCACCACUGAGUGGAGUGUCCUCCUGUCCCUCUGACUCUUCCUCGAUCCUCUCCUCAUAGACUGAGUGUCAGACACUGACCACUGUGACCAGUAUACAGCCAGGAGAGAUUUUGGAAAGCGGGCAGAGGGCCAGGGGUUGGAGGAGGUGGAGUGUGUAUAGUCUGGGAACUUCAAAUGCCAGUGAAGAUCUUUGUGAGCCAUGGAAGGUAUGUGUAAGGGAUUUUAAUUUCAUUUAAUGCCUGAUGGUGGAUCAAAUGCAUAGGCCUGUGUGUCAAUUGAAGACCUGGAACAUAAAAUAGCAAAGCAAACUGAAAGACUUCUAAGAUAAAACAUUUUGAUAAAUAGGACAUUAUGGCCAGCUUGUCUCUUGCAGGAUAUUAUUUGGUCUCUUACACAUUCAGCUAAGAUCCAGGUGCCCAGCUAACAACAUUCCCACACUUUUAGAGAACAUUCCCUUAAGAGUCUCAUUAGAUCAUUACCCAGUGGUGUAAAGUACUUAAGUAAAAAUACUUGAAAGUACUACUUAAGUCAUUUUUGGGGGAUAUCUGUACUUUACUUUUAAUUUUCUUUAGGAAUGUAGUGAAGUUAAAGUAUGUAUUUUUUGCUCCAUACAUUCUCCCUGACUUCCAAAAGUACAUUGCAUUUUGAAUGCUUAUCAGGACAAUGGUCUAAUUCACACAAUUAUAUCAAGAGAACAUCUCUGGUCAUUCCUACUGCCUCUGAUCUGACUAAACACAUGCUUUAUUUGUAAAUUAUGUCUAAGUGUUGGAGCGUGCCCCUGGCUAUGCACAUAUUUAAAAAAAAAAAAA